UUCAGUAGUCCUCCGCCCAUCAACCGAUAGAGAAGACGCUACUCAACCGAAGCUCGUCCAUCUACACAUAUGGCAAAAACCGCUCUCUUUCUUUCUUAUAUCGUUGUGCCCACUACUGUUUAAAAAUUCCGCCGAAAAAGAAAAGACGAGUUUCCAAAACAUUCUGGCCGUUAUCUCACGGCUCCCCUGUCUCUGCACAGGUGUAUGAGCGCUACCCAGGGGGCCUAGGGGCGGCUCUUUACCGGGAGCACUUUGACUUCAACGCUGAGCCACCUUGGGAUCCUAGCUGAUAGCGGGACAGGUCCGUCUCCUGACUUGUCCAUUUUGUUGCAUACCGGCAGGACCCCAUUGGCUCAGUCGUGACCCCUUGAUUUGCUUAUCUGUUCUUUAUGAUUGUCGGCUUAGCGUAAUACGGUUGAGAUGAAAGGACUCGCUGACAAACCCAGCUACAUCAUUGAACUCCUGGAGGGAGGAGUGACCCUUGAAGAUGUUAUUGACGGACGAAUCUGCGAGCAGGCUCAGGUGGAGAAGAGUGCGUUUGUGGUGGGUGACCUCGGUGCCCUGAUGAGGCAGCAUGCAUGCUGGCAGAGCGUAGUGCCACAGCUCCAGCCUUACUAUCCAGUCAAGUGCAACAGCAGCCCCGUCGUCAUUGAGGUGCUGGCAUCUUUGGGCCUGGGCUUUAUCUGUGCUAACAAGACUGAAGUGAGCCUGGUGCUGGAGCACGGCGUGCCUCCAGACAACAUCAUUCUGUCAGGCGUUUGCAAGCAGCUGGCACACAUCAAGCAUGCUGCCAAGAACAACAUCCAGCAUCUUGUGUGCGAAAAUGAGGCAGAGUUGUCCAAGAUUUCCCGCCUACACCCCAGUGCAAAGUUGCUGCUGCAGUUGACCACCAAGGCCCACGCAGCUGAGACCAGCAUGUCCUUCGGCUUCUCUCUGAAGAGCUGCCGGCACCUGCUGGAAGCAGCCAAGGAGCUUGGAGUCCAGGUGGUUGGGGUGACCUUCCAUAUCCCCAGCUCCUGCCAAGACCUGCAACAGGCCUACACCCAUGCGCUGUCAGAUGCCCGCUGUGUGUUUGACAUGGGGGUGGAUCUGGGCUUCAACAUGAACAUCCUGGACAUUGGUGGUGGAUUUACUGGCUCAGAGUUUCAGCUCAAACUGGUUGAGUCUGCAGUCAGGCCGCUGCUGGAUGCUUACUUCCCCCCACUGUCCGGUGUGCAAGUGUUGGCCCAGCCAGGCAGCUUCUACGUGGCCUCGGCUUUCAGCCUGGCUGUCAACGUUAUCGGCAAAAAGGUGGUUGCCCGCCACUGGGACAGCCUCGCUCAAGGUGUGAACAAUGAAGAUACUGAGUUCCUGUACUACAUGAAUGAGGGUGUUUAUGGCCCAUUCAGCUGCAAGCUACUGGGAAACUCCAUCGCUGCCCCGUCAGUGCACAAGCAUGUGCGGUGUGCUGAUGAGGGAGUGUAUCCCAGCAGCCUGUGGGGCCCGUCACUGGACCAGCUGGACCAGGUGGUGGAGCGCUGCCUGCUGCCUGAGCUCAGUGUGGGAGACUGGCUUUGCUUCUCCAACAUGGGAGUGUGUGGCCUGGAGGAGUUCACCUGCCUCUCCGGCCCCCCCCAGCUGCCCGUCUACUACACUGUCUCCACCUGUGACUGGUACGAAAUGCAGGAGGCUGGUGUGGCACUGGACAGUGCCAUGAAGAAUUUCUCCAUGGUCCAGUACAGUGCGUAACUACCCUCUGCCCCUGUCCCGUAUUAUAUUGCACAGAUUCUCCUUAGCUUCUGCUUUCACAAUGUGAGAAGAGGGGUGAACGAGGUAUUUGGGACAAUGGGCUGAAUGUGGUCAACAUUCCAGCCACCUUAGCAGUAGUCUAUUGUUUCUUCCAGGAAAUUGACUUUAUUUUUUAUUUUUUUACCUCAAAAUGGGAAACAAUUGGUUGUCUAAAUUGGUUUGGUAAAUUUGAUCUGGAAGAUAAUUUUCUCAUUCUCGCUCCUCCCUCUAAAAUCAGUCAGCUAAAAGAACUCCAGCUCAAAUGACAUUAUGCAACAAAAUGGACGACUCUUUGGAGAUGGGACCCCCCCAAACAUUUUUGGGGUGGUUUGUUUCCUAAAUCAGUUUACAAAAUGUACACUUGAUUUAAAUCAUGUUCUCUAUUGAUUACUGUUGACAGUCGUGUAAAACCCGUCUGUUCAACACCAAUACAUUUUGUCUGUAGAUGAUUUUUGAAGUGUUUAAAAGAAUCAAUGCCUAUUGUAGAUUCUGUACUUCAGACCCCUCACUUUGCAUAGUUUAAAUGAAAUUAUGACAAUGUAACCUAUUUCUUUAUCGCAGCUCACAUCAAUGCAUUUUUAUUUAUUGGAUUCAGAUAUUAUGGGGCAAAUUUAAAGCUCCAUCUUUAAGUGUGUUUUGCCCAGGUAUUAUGCUGUGGCCCAUCUAACAGUGUUUAUAAAAUAUUGAUGUGUUUUUUAACGCUACAUGGAUUAAGUGUGCUGUGAUUUCCAUUUGUGACCUCAGUGGUUUCCCUUUACUCGAAAGGCAUGAAGGAAUUUCUGUGGGAGAUUCUCUCUACGCUGAGCUAUAGCUUGAAUACAGAGAACUGCAUACAUAGUACACUCCUUGCCACUAAUAGAGUGAGGUUAAUCUGGUUUAAAAUGCACAACUUUUUUGUAGGUUAAAUAAGUACUGUGACAUUUAGCGCGACCCUGAUUUUUCAGAUCUUCAUAUUAGUGUCUCUUUCCAAGGGAUUGGUCCUUGUUCACCCAGGAUCUGAAAAACCAGCAAAGGAGCCAUUUCUGAUGAGUGCUCAAACAUAACGAAUCUGUAGGUGGCAGAUGUGGACUUGCAUGUCUAUAGCUCUCACAUGAAAGACAUGCUAGUUGUACACAGACCUCUGAGGCAGUGCAAAUGGCAAAUAACAUGCCAGACUUUUCCUCAUGUCUCUAAAGUUAUGAGGGGCAUAAUGCACUCUCUUGUACAGCUAUGUCUGAUAAUAUUAAAGGUGACCUGACUUAACUGCAGUUUUUAAAGAAUCCAGCCCUUGUGUGUUAAAAUGACUAAUGUAUUAAUUACUUACUUGUCUAAGGCACUAAUGGACCAUAGCCUGUUUUUGACUGUAAAUUGUGCUUGUUAAAGUAAUGAAAGUGAUUAAUUUAAUACAUUUCUGACUGAAAUCA